ACUACGACCGCUGCCUGACCGGAGACUUGAAUGAUGUAAGUCUCUUCCCCACUCGCGGGACCUCCAUACCAUCCCACCUUGCCCGCCCUCUUUGCUGUCGCCACUCUCCGAUUUGCUCCGUCCAUCCACCAGAUGCGCCAAUGCUCGGAUAGUCCGGCGCCAGCGCCCGCAGUAUUCGGGGCGUCGGUGUCGUCCUCCAGUCUGUCGGCGGCACCCCGCAAGGUUCGGCUCACUGACCGCGAGCUGUUCGCGCGUGUACAGCGCGUGGUUGUGCCCGACGGGUCGGUGGAUUUGCGGUGCCUGUCGUCAAGGCGGGGUUGGAAGCGUGUGCGAACUGGUGUGACGGGCGGUAUGACUAUGCAGUACCGAGUGGUGCGCUCAAUCGCUCCGUCCCAGACGCGGCAGUGCCAGGUCGCUGGUGGUGGUGAGAUCAAAGCCCGAACGUCCGAGCUGCUGUCGCUACUGCGAGCUCCGAGCGAGAGCGAGAGUAACGCGCUACUGCGAGCUCUCUUUGGCUCGCAGUUCAUCUACAGCUCGCUAUUGCAUUCAAUUCCCAGCUCAGAGCGUGGAUCGCUACCGUCUCCUCCACAGAGAGGGAGUAUCCAUGCCAGUCCUGGCCAACAACUUAUGGUUCGCACUAUCAGCUUCGCACAUAAAGGACUUUCCAAUCCCUUCACGCAGCGAGCUUCAACUGCAACUCUGUCAGACUCAAUAACGUCGAGUUCGCAGACUUCAACUCAUCACCGCCAACAUUCUGGGCGCAAGAACGAACAGUGCUGCUUGAUUGAGCUCUUGACGCCAACACAGGACGGUUUCAAGCUCGCCUUCUGUUCACUGGACGCAUCUGACGUUACGGCGGGCAAGGCGCCACCCGAGCGUGUCAUCGCGCUCCACCCGAUCUCAGGCUGGUUGACAGCCGAGUCGAGGGCCGACAAUCCAGGAGCACUUCAAAUCACCUUCCAGAUUGCGUUCCCAGGUGACGUUCCUGGCGGUUGCGGCUGGCGUAUUGCUCAGUCCCGAUUAUUAUUUAUCGGCAAGAGCAUCUGUCGACUGGAGAAGGUGCUCCGUCGUCGACGUCGCUAUCGUCGCCAUCAACACACUGCACCUGGACGACUGUGGCAAGCGAUCUUGAACCCAUUUCGCGCAUUGGGGUUAGUCGGAUCGGACGAAGAAGGAUCCGGAGGGGCGCACCACAACUGGCAUUGCAUUGCCUGCACCCAAUCGCUCCUCCCUUUACGCAAAAAGUGGAGUCGCUGUGACUUGUGUGCCUACCGCAUAUGUGCAGAGCCUCCGUGCUGUUCUCAAGAGCGCGUUGCCAUCUACAAUCGCUACGUUGCACCUUUGCUUGUCUGCGCUCGAUGUCGGGAGUGUAUCGAUGACCGCGACAGCCCCAACCGGGGGAGUGGGAACCCUCACUCGAGCUCAAUCGUGGACGUCCGGUAUACUGGAAUCAGCUUACGAUUUACGGGUCGAGAGAGUGACCUUGAACCGGAGUUUGAGCUGGAUCCCUCAGGCGACAGAUGGGGGACGACGGGUACAUCGAAUGCCAGACGAUCUAGUGGUGGGAUACAAAGGAAGAGAAGAACGCAAUCGGAUCCACCUCCUAUGCUGGGGUUAGCCUUCUCAAGUUCUGGAGACGGCAGCUGCUCUUCUGGAACGGACGUCGCACCAGGGGCACGUAAAAAUCACUAA